UUUCAACUUUUUUUCCCCUCAUUUAGUCAUUCCUCUUUUUUUUCUUCACCACUUUUGCCUCAAAUCUCUGAGGGUUUUCUUUCCCGGGGCUCCAGAUGAAGACGUCGCCGUCGUCCCCCCAGUUGUCGUGGACGUUCCACUGGACGCUGGGCAUCAUCAGCGUGCUCACGCUGCUAAACUCAACCGGAUUUAUGCUGCUCCUUCUCCAGAGCCGAGAGUUUGGAAAUCGGAUGGAUGUGGUGGAGUCUCGGCUAGAGGAAAUCUCUCAGAGCUCGGUGGUGGAGUUCAUGACAGAGAUGAGCAGAAGUCAGCAGGAAGAUCUGCAACAAAACUCCAGAAAUAAAAGGAGUCAGGAGCUGGAGGAAGCUCAGGCUCUGGAGCAGAAACUUCAGCUGGAACUGGAGGAGAAACUGGCCGAGGUUUCAGGAGAUGGAACCAGAGAAGAAGUGUUGAGUAACGAGGAGAAGAACAUUCAGGAGCAGCCGGACUUCUAUCACAGGACAGUGCAGCACAAUGGGAUGAUGAUGAUGAUGACGUACUCCAUGUUGCCGGUUAAAGUGUUAUUAGACAUCUGUAACAGCACUAAAGGAGUUUGUCUCAUUGGUCCUCCAGGACCUCCAGGUGUGCCAGGUGUGGAUGGAAUGCCAGGAUACAACGGGACAGACGGAAUUCCCGGUUUGCCAGGAGAAACUGGAGCACCCGGUAAACGAGGAAAAAAAGGCCCUCCCGGUGAAAAAGGUGAUCCAGGUGAGGCAGGUAUGAAAGGUGACCCGGGACCACGUGGUGAAAAGGGAGAACCUUCUAAUGAUGUGAUUGUAGAAGGUCCUCCUGGCCCCGCAGGACCCCCUGGAGCUCCAGGUCUGAUUGGCCCACCUGGGCCUCCAGGCCCACCGGGACCAGCCAGAAACAGAAACCAGAGAGCUCACCUGCACACCGACCAUGCACAGGAAGGUUUCAUUCAUGCCGUUUCAAAUGAUCCGAUGAUGAGUCAAGGACCAGGGAACCACAGAAAGACUUCAAAAAACGAGUGCAUUAUAAAGUCAGUACAGGAACCGAGGAACCUGGCGAAGAUGGCGAGCACAUUUGGAACCUGGCUGAAAGACACAGCAGUGGGAGAUGAUGAGAAGAUCUGGGUAGCAGAACAUUUCUCAGGUCGCAUCAUUAAGGAGUUCAGCAGCAUCGCCGCAUGGCAGAACGGCAGCAGCAAGUCGAUCGACGUGAGGAAGUUCUUCCAAGGAUGCGGACAUUUAGUUCACAACAAGUCCAUUUAUUACCACAUCGCCGGAACCUACAGCAUCGCCAAAUAUAACCUUCAGACGAAGACGCUGCACACGCUGGCCAUCGAGAACGCUUUGUACCACAACCUGUCCUACCUGCUCCGAAACUCAAAGACCUACUUUAAAAUGGCGGCAGAUGAAAGCGGCCUGUGGCUCGUCUUCGCCUCGAGCAUCGACGAGAUCAUCAUGGUGGCACAGCUGGAUGAGAAAACGUUUUCUAUAGCGACGUACAUCAACACCAGCUACCCGAGAAGCAAAGCAGGAAACGCCUUCAUCGCAUGCGGCGUCCUCUAUGUCACGGACGUUAAAGACACCAGAGUGACCUACGCCUUCGAUCUCCUCAAACAGAAACCUCUCGACGUUAGCUUUGAUCUCUGGACUCCGCCCAGUGUCCUGUCCAUGAUGUCUUACAAUCCAAAAGAUCGCCGUUUAUACGUGUGGGACAGCAGACACGUCAAAUCCUACAAGGUCCAUUUUCUUUCCGAUGAAAUAAAUUAAUUACAGUUUUAUCUGUAAAGUGCCUCGAGUCCAAGAGAAAUUAUUUUCUUUCAAAAUUACUCUUCAUUAAUAACUGAGCAUUCGCAUCAAUCCCUUUUAUCCAAAUUGAUCUUAUUGCAAGACACGACCGUGGAAUAUAAUAAAAAAAAAUUAACAAUGAACGUCACGACCAAAUCACUCCAGUGGACUGCUCAUAUUUUUGUAUUGAAUUUUUUGUAAAUAUACAGUCCUGUGCAAAAGUCUUAGUCACGUGUAAAGAAAUG